AUUCUUUCGGCGGCUGACAGCUCGCGCCGCCUGACAUGCUCGGGCCUGGCCAGCGGCACUCGGGCCCCAGCAUGUGGCGGGAGAGCACGCAACUGUCAUCCGCCAUCUUGGAAGUUUGACGUGUGCGUUCCGUGUGACGAUGUGUGUUUAGUGUUUGUGUGUUGUUUAUUUAAACUUAUCACAAGAUACUUAACUAGUUUCUUCUACAACUAAAAAUGAUACUAAAGAUUUAGUGGAAAAAAUCUCCCGAGGUCUCUCUAGCGGAGAUAUAGAGUGAAUAGAGAAGGAAAUACAGACAGCAGAAAUGGACACGAAGAAUGAUCAUGGUGACGACAUUGAACUUCAGGGGGUCAGCAGUAAACAGAGCGAUGCAGCUACAAAAUCUGACUUACCUGAGAGAGGGUCCUGGGCGAGUAAGCUCGACUUCAUCUUAUCGGUAGUGGGCUUGGCCAUCGGUCUUGGCAAUGUCUGGAGAUUCCCCUACCUCUGUUACAAGAAUGGCGGCGGCGCUUUCCUCAUACCAUACUUCCUCACUCUCUUCCUCGCUGGAAUACCCAUGUUCUUCAUGGAACUGGCCAUGGGGCAGAUGCUUACCAUUGGUGGAUUGGGUGUUUUCAAAAUUGCACCAAUUUUCAAAGGGAUUGGUUAUGCCGCUGCCGUUAUGUCAUGUUGGAUGAAUGUUUACUAUAUCGUCAUUCUGGCUUGGGCAAUAUUCUACUUCUUCAUGUCGAUGAGAUCAGACGUCCCCUGGAGGACCUGCGACAACUACUGGAACACGGAGACGUGCGUCAACCCCUACGACCGCAGGAACCUUACGUGCUGGUCCUCCAUGGACAUGACCACCUUCUGCACACUCAACGGCAAGAACAUCAGCAAGGCAGUCCUUUCGGACCCUGUCAAGGAGUUCUGGGAGCGUCGAGCUCUGCAAAUCUCCAGCGGUAUCGAGCACAUCGGCAACAUCCGCUGGGAGCUGGCGGGCACGCUGCUGCUGGUGUGGAUCCUGUGCUACUUCUGCAUCUGGAAGGGCGUGAGGUGGACCGGCAAAGUGGUGUACUUCACCGCCCUCUUCCCCUACUUCCUCCUGACUGUCCUGUUGAUUAGAGGCAUAACAUUACCCGGAGCGAUGGAAGGCAUCAAGUUCUACGUGAUGCCGAACAUGUCAAAGCUGCUGGAGUCGGAGGUGUGGAUCGACGCCGUCACGCAGAUCUUCUUCUCGUACGGCCUGGGCCUUGGAACUCUGGUGGCCUUGGGAAGUUAUAAUAAGUUCACCAACAAUGUUUACAAGGAUGCGUUGAUCGUGUGUUCCGUGAACUCGAGUACUUCGAUGUUCGCUGGCUUCGUCAUCUUCUCUGUGGUCGGUUUCAUGGCACAUGAACAGCAAAGACCUGUAGCGGAAGUCGCCGCGUCUGGGCCUGGUCUAGCUUUCCUGGCGUAUCCAUCUGCGGUACUCCAGCUGCCCGGGGCUCCACUAUGGUCUUGUCUAUUCUUCUUCAUGCUCCUACUCAUCGGUCUGGACAGCCAGUUCUGCACCAUGGAGGGCUUCAUCACGGCCGUCAUCGAUGAGUGGCCCAAACUUCUCAGGCGUAGGAAGGAGAUAUUCAUUGCUAUCACCUGUGUUAUAUCUUACUUGGUCGGCUUGUCUUGUAUAUCUGAGGGCGGUAUGUACGUGUUCCAAAUAUUGGACUCGUACGCGGUGUCUGGUUUCUGUCUGCUAUUUUUGAUCUUCUUCGAGUGCGUGUCCAUAUCUUGGGCGUUCGGAGUCAACAGAUUCUACGACGGCAUCAAGGAGAUGAUCGGAUAUUACCCCACGAUCUGGUGGAAGUUCUGCUGGGUCGGAUUCACUCCUGCUAUUUGCAUUAGCGUAUUCCUUUUCAACCUGGUGCAAUGGAAGCCGAUCAAAUACAUGAACUACGAGUACCCGUGGUGGUCGCACGCUUUCGGCUGGUUCACCGCCCUGUCCUCCAUGUUGUGCAUCCCCGGGUAUAUGCUGUAUCUGUGGCGGGUCACACCGGGAACGCGUAUGGAGAAAUUCCACACCAUAGUUCGAAUUCCCGAGGACGUCCCGGCCUUGCGUACCAAGAUGCAGGCCGAGGAGCAAGCGAAACAUGCAAAAUAAGCGAAAAUUGCAGAAGAAUCGACGAUUCUAUACCGUUUAGAAAGUGUACUUUAAAUAUAUUUUAUUCUAAAUGGAUGUAACGCACAAUGUACGUGCCAAAAUAAUGUAGUGCUUAUUACUCGUAUAAUUUAGUCUGCUUACUCGAAACGCUUAUUUUAGUACAGUGCUGGACAGUGUUGUUGAUUUAGUUCUACUUAGUUUAAUUUGAUGACUUUUGACGUUUGGGGUUUCGGCGCGUUCGUGUAUAUUUGUACUUUACACUAUAUUUAGUUAGUUUUAGUGGACUAGUGCAUGCUAAGGAUAUGUUACCUAUUUAUUGUUGUCUUCCAUUUUGCCAACCGUGUACUCGAUUAUCUUUUUAAACGACUUCCUCUAUAUUCGAAUCUUUAUCAUACGUGUUUCUAUCCGAAUGUUAUAUUUUUCCUAUGUGGUUAUAUGAUAUAUCUUUAUUAUUGUCGUUGUUAAGAAAUUUUAUCAUAUUUAAUGUACUGUAGUCGAUAUGUUGUCCUUUGAGGACAAUAAUUUAGUAAAAUUUAGAUCGAUGUUUAGAGUAGAUUUUGAAAUUAUAACCAAAACGCAACGGGACGCGUUUUUCCAACUCGUGUUUUGACUUUAGAUGUUUGACGAAAUAUAUUUAAUCUAUAUUGUAGAGAUAAGGAAAUGUUAAGAAAUUAUUAUAUAAUACAUCUCUAAUAUAUUAAUUUAAUUAUUAUUACGUUCCUAGUUAUUAAACUUUGUUUAACAUUGGUUAUCUAGCUUUAAUAGUGAUUACAGUUAAUUUUGUUUAAGUUCAUCUACUUACCAGACUUAUUUUGAAGCAAUAUUUUAUAGCAGUAAUGAAACUUUACAAAACCUUCUGUGUUCUAAAGAGACCAAAUUUGGGAUAAUUUUACAUAAUAAUAUGCAAUUAAUAUACUGUAGUUAAACAAAUCUUAAAAAUUUUGGCCUACAUAAAGUAAUAUUUUUGUCAAUUUACAUCUUUACUCUAUACAGUUUUAAUUUUGUAUGAUAAAUAUAACUUAGAUGAAUUAUAUUAUAAACGUUGUAUGAAGUCUGAGAAAUGUGUGGAUUUCCAAAAUUCUAUCUUUGUCUACUACACUUUUAUCUGUCAAUUAUUAUUACAUUCCUUAAGUUAGCUUUAGAGUUUAGACGCUUGUAAUGAGACGUGUUACACAUAACGAAAAAUUAAAUACAUACGCCAGAUUGCUACACACUUGGUUUGAAUAGUAUUUACACCGUAGAUUGAUAGAUAUUGAAACAAGAUUUACCUCUCCAAAUACUUUGACAAGUAAAAUUAUCACAUUUGUAUUUUUGACUAGCGCUUGAAUAAUUAUUAAUUAUUGAUUUAUAUAAAAGUCUUUCUGCUCUCAGUUCGCGUUACAAGCUGUAACAUUACCCGUUACGCGCGUCUAAAACAAGCUUUACCGCUCAUGUUUAAAUGUAUCAAAAUGUAUUUAUAUUUACGGAAUUGUUUUAUGAUUAUGCCAAAUAUUAUGCUCUAAGCAUUUAUUAUGUGUUAUGAUACUGAAUAUUAUUCUCAAUUAUUAUAUGAAUGUUAGAAAUAUUGUAUUGUGUGCAUACUCAAAUUAGUUCCAAAGUAUGAAUUGUGUACGUUAAGAGGAAAUUGUGCUUCCAUAUUAUAAUUUAAAUGUAGAUUAUUCAUAUUUAUUGAAUUAAAUAUAUAAGUUAUAAAUAAU